AUGAUGCAGAAAGGUUUAGAUCAGAAAAAGAAAACUCUUGGUGAGAAGAAAAACGAAAUCGCUGAACUUGAUCGUAAAAUUUUAUUAGAUGAGAAAAAGUUGCAACCAUUGGAAAAGGAACUUCAUUUUGAUUUGGAUGCAUUUGCUGUUAAAUUAGAGAAGCACGACUUUGGGAUAACGUUGUAUGACACCCGUGAGGAAAUUGACUCAUGUUAUCGUGACAAAAGAAUUCCUUACGAGCCACCAACAAAUGAAAAAUUAUUUGGGAUAGUAAUUGAUGUACAAAGCGACAUCAACAUUAAAAAAAAGAAAUCUAAUUAA